UAUGUCAAACACUCUCUUGGCCGGCCACAAAAAUCAAGGACAAAAAUAUAUUGUCUUACUAACCUUAACUAGGAGUUAACAACGUUAGUCCUAGUACUUUCCGAAAAAAUGCAAUGUAUAUAUGUUGUGUAUGGUUAACUCUCUUUUCACCUCAACCUAGUACGUUAGAAUUGAUUAUUUGCUUAACAAAUCAAUCAGUUUUGCAAGAAAAAAAUGUCUGGAGAGGAAAUUUGGCCAUCUGUUGAAAAAGAAUGUAAAAAAUCACUGCCUCAAUUUGAUAACAGUAGUGGCUAUAAUUCAAAAACAGGAAUAUAUCACUCUCUUGAAAAGCUUGGCACCAAGCAUGAAAUCCCAACAGAGCAAAACCUUAACAUAGCAAGUCUUGUCCUGUCACAGUUCCCACGAGCAGAACUUGCUGACGCGAAAAUUGCGUUUAUUGAUUUAAAUACUAAUCAUAGUGUAACUUACGGUGAGCUUCGGCGAUCGGUUUACUCGCUUGCAACAGCUUUGUUCCAUGGACUUGAGGUAAGAAAAGGCGACGUCGUGUUUUUAUUGUCUCCGAACUCGGUUUUGUACUCGACCAUAUGCUUAGCUGUGUUAUCAAUUGGUGCAAUUCUUACCACUGCGAACCCUCUCAAUACGAAGACGGAAAUCGCGAAACAAGUACAUGAUUCGGGUGCUAAACUAGCCAUCUCAACGCCAGAAGAGUUGCACAAACUGGUUCCAACAGGUGUUCCUACACUUCUCACCUCUAGUUCAUCUGAUGAAAAGUUUUUAUCAGUUGAAGAGUUAAUAGAAGGCUGCUAUGAUUCACAAGAGUUGCCGCAUGUUCAUGUGGAACAAUCGGACACUGCUGCUAUACUUUACUCUUCAGGGACCACAGGAGUAAGUAAAGGUGUUGUUUUGACACAUUCAAAUCUCAUAACCAUAACGAAACUAUUCUGCUGGUCUGCUGAUGUAUCAGCAUCUCAAGACGAUGUUUUCCUCGCCUUCAUUCCAAUGUUUCAUAUCUACGGACUGAUGUUCUUUGGAUUCGGGUUGUUGUGUGUUGGUGUUACAACAGUUUUGAUGCAGAAAUACAAUUUUCAAGGUAUGCUUAUCGCUAUCGAGAAGUACAAAGUUAAUAACAUACCAGCAGUGCCGCCGGUGAUCCACGCUUUGGUGAAACAUGCAAGCAAAGAUGGGUGUGACUUGUCUAGCUUAAGAAGGAUUGGUUCAGGAGCAGCACCUUUGAGUAAGGAAAUGUCACAGGAGUUCAGAAAGAUGUUUCCUUGGGUUGAACUAAGGACGGGGUAUGGACUAACAGAAAGUUGCGGGGGAGCAACCUUUUUUGCGUCGGAUAAAGACGCUAAGGCUCAUCCAGAAGCAUGUGGAAAGUUGAUUCCGAGUUUUUGUGCAAAAGUGAUGGACAUUGAAACCGGGAAGCCUUUGCCUCCUAACAAGGAAGGAGAGUUAUGGCUGAAAAGUGGCUCUAUCAUGAAAGAAUAUCUAGGAAAUACGGAGGCAACAGCUGCCACAGUUGACUCAGAAAGAUGGUUGAGAACAGGUGAUCUUGGUUAUAUUGAUGAGAAUGGAGUUGUCUGCAUAGUCGAACGAAUAAAGGAGCUAAUCAAGCACAAAGGGUAUCAGGUAGCUCCUGCGGAACUGGAAUCUGUGCUACUAAGUCAUCCUCUUAUUGUUGAUGCAGCAGUUAUACCGGUUGAAGAUGAAGAAACUGGACAGAUACCAAUGGCAUAUGUUGUGAGAAGAGCUGGUUCUCAACUUUCAGAAGACCAAGUCAUUCAAUUUGUUGCAGGCCAGGUGGCUCCCUAUAAGAAAGUGAGAAGGGUGAGUUUUAUUGACAAUAUUCCAAGGUCAGCUGCCGGCAAGAUAUUGCGCAAGGAUCUUGUUUCCCAAAGCAAAUAUCAACUUGUCUCUAAGUUAUGAGUAACUUGAGUGAAUAAAUGAUGGUGCUACGGAAUGUUUUGCUGUGUUCGGUUAAUGAAGGAAAGUUCAAAACUGAAGAGAAGCAACCUCAACCCCUUCAAUGCAUCUAAAAUAAACAUUUAAUAAAGAAUAUUGAUGCCUGUACUUUAGAUAUUGUACAUAUGUGAAUUCUUUACUUUUGUGUUUGUGUUUUAGGCUUUCAUUAUACUUGUUGAACAGAUAUGGUAAUGGUGUUGCCUCCGGUAGAAGGUUUUUUUUAAUAGCAAAUUGUUAGUGGUUAAAGUUUUUUUUUUAAUAGCAAAUUUUAGUU